AUGGCAACCAUCAGCGCCGCCGCCGCCAUUGCCCGGCCGUCAGAAUUAUACCACUUGAGAGGUAGUGCUAUAAUUUUGGAGAAAAGAAUUGGUGGCCAUUCAGUUCGGUACUUCAGUUCACCGGAGCCGUCAUUUUGCCGUUGCAAAGCAGGGCUGCCUCAGCUGACGCGAGCGAGGGCUGAGAGCGUGAGGUGCGGCUACUCCAAGGCCGGCGGCAAGGUGGCGCCCGCGGCAGCACUGAAGGGCGCGCCGUCGAUGCUCGCGGCGGCGAUGACGGUGUCGUCGGCGCCGGCGGCAAUGGCGCUGGUCGACGAGCGGAUGUCGACGGAGGGCACGGUCAGCCUGGGGCUGAGCAACAACCCUGGGUGGGUCCUCCUCGGCAUGUUCGGCCUCGUCUGGUCGCUCUACACCGUCUACACCUCCACGCUCGACGAGGACGAGGACUCCGGCGGCCUCUCGCUCUGAUCGAUCGAAUUGAACCCUACUCGCGCGUCUCGAUCUUGAUCUAUUAUUAUUAUAUCAUUAUAGUAGUCAUUAUAGUCAUUAUCACGUGAGUUUCACUGUAAUGAUAGUGACAUGAUGGUAGAGAAUCUCGAUCCCGAUC